UUUUCUCUAUCAACUAACAAAAGAAAAACAAACUUACUCAAAUGGCUCUCUCUUCACCUUCAAGAAUCCUCUGUUUUCCUCUUGCCUUAUCCGCUGCAACUCUCUCCCUCUCUGUCGCUGCUUCCCACGAUUACUCCAUCGUUGGAUAUUCCCCCGAGGAUUUAGAAUCUCAUGACAAACUCAUAGAACUCUUUGAAAACUGGAUCUCCAAUUUUGAGAAAGCUUAUGAAACCGUUGAAGAGAAGUUGCUUAGGUUCGAAGUUUUCAAGGACAAUCUGAAACACAUCGAUGAGACUAACAAGAAAGUGAAAAGCUACUGGCUCGGGCUCAACGAGUUUGCGGAUUUGAGCCACGAAGAGUUCAAGAAAAUGUAUUUAGGACUCAAGACUGAUAUAGUGAGACGAGACGAAGAAAGAUCUUACGCGGAGUUCGCUUAUAGGGACGUUGAAGCUGUGCCUAAGUCUGUUGACUGGAGAAAGAAAGGAGCAGUGGCUGAAGUUAAGAACCAGGGCUCUUGUGGAAGUUGUUGGGCGUUUUCGACAGUGGCAGCAGUGGAAGGUAUAAACAAGAUUGUGACAGGAAACUUGACAACAUUGUCCGAACAAGAACUCAUAGACUGUGACACGACCUACAACAAUGGCUGCAACGGUGGUCUCAUGGACUAUGCAUUCGAGUACAUUGUUAAAAACGGAGGUCUACGCAAGGAAGAGGAUUAUCCUUACUCUAUGGAAGAAGGAACUUGCGAGAUGCAAAAGGAUGAAUCUGAAACAGUAACCAUUGAUGGACACCAAGAUGUACCUACGAAUGAUGAGAAGAGCCUUUUGAAGGCAUUGGCUCAUCAGCCUCUCAGUGUCGCCAUUGACGCCUCUGGUAGAGAGUUCCAGUUCUACAGCGGCGGUGUGUUUGAUGGGCGGUGCGGGGUUGACCUGGACCACGGUGUGGCUGCGGUUGGGUAUGGAUCAAGCAAGGGUUCAGAUUACAUAAUUGUGAAGAAUUCUUGGGGACCAAAAUGGGGAGAGAAAGGUUACAUCAGGCUGAAGAGGAACACUGGGAAACCAGAGGGUCUCUGUGGAAUCAACAAGAUGGCUUCUUUCCCCACCAAAACUAAGUGAUCAUCAGAUCAUUCUCUCUUAUCUGCAUUUGAUCAUCAUCUUCAUAACAUCGAUAUGAAUAUUUUCGUCAUUAAACUACAGUGUCUUCGUUUUUUCUCUUUUGAUGUAAGUCUUGUAACAACUAUGUGCAAUAAUACCUAUAUAUAAGUAGCAGA